GCGCUCCGAACCCGGCACUCGCUCGUGUGCCUACUCGUUCUUGUAAGCCCUCGCUUCGCUCCUCGUCUCGCUCGUCGUCGUCGACAUGGCCUCCAACGGCGCUGCCCCGGACCGCUGGUCGAACGUGAAGCGUGUGUACACACGCCAGGAUGUGGAGAAGCUGCGUGGCUCCAUCAAGAUCGAGUAUACCCUCGCGCGACUGGGCGCCGAGAGGUUUUGGAAUCUGCUGCACACGGAGGACUACGUCCCCGCCCUUGGCGCCAUGACCGGCGGCCAGGCUGUGGAGAUGGUCGCCGCCGGCCUCAAGGCCAUCUACCUAUCGGGCUGGCAGGUCGCCGCCGACGCCAACUCGGCUUCGCAGACCUACCCCGACCAGUCCCUGUACCCAGUGGACUCCGUGCCCCGGGUGGUUUCCCGCAUCAACAACGCCUUCCAGCGCAUGGACCAGAUGCAGCACUCUGAGGGCCGCGGCGACACGUACUGGUUUGCGCCCAUUGUGGCGGACGCCGAGGCCGGCUUCGGCGGCAACCUGAACGCAUACGAGCUGAUGAAGGCGCUGAUCGAGGCCGGCGCCUCCUGCGUGCACUUCGAGGACCAGCUGGCCAGCGCCAAGAAGUGCGGCCACCUGGGCGGCAAGGUGCUGGUGCCCACCAAGGAGUUCGUGCAGAAGCUGACGGCGGCGCGGCUGGCGGCGGACGUGAUGGACGUGCCCACCCUCAUCAUUGCGCGCACGGACGCGCUGGGCGCCUACCUGCUCACCAGCGACGCCGACGAGUACGACAAGCCCUUCAUGACCGGCGAGCGCACUGCCGAGGGCUUUUACUGCGUGCGCGGCGGCAUUGACGCCGCCAUUGCCCGCGGCCUGGCCUAUGCGCCCUACGCCGAUCUGGUGUGGUUUGAGACCAGCGAGCCGUCCAUGGAGGAGGCCAAGAAGUUCGCCGCCGCCAUCCACGCGCAGUACCCCGGCAAGCUGCUUGCCUACAACUGCUCGCCCUCUUUCAACUGGAAGAAGAAGCUGAGCGACGACGAGAUUGCCAAGUUCCAGAAGACGCUGGGCUCGCUGGGCUACAAGUUCCAAUUCAUCACGCUGGCCGGCUUCCACUCGCUCAACUACGGCAUGUUCAGCCUGGCCCGCGACUACGCCUCGCGCGGCAUGAGCGCGUAUGCGCAGCUGCAGGAGGCGGAGUUUGCCAGCGAGAAGCAGGGCUACCGCGCCACCACACACCAGAAGUUUGUGGGCACGGGCUACUUCGACCUGGUCAGCACCGUCAUCACCCAGGGCACCUCGUCCACCAACGCGCUCAAGGGCAGCACGGAGGAGGAGCAGUUCCACCACUGAGCGAGCGGCGGCGGCGCGGGCCGGGCGCUCCGGUAGCUGAGGCUGGUGAUGUGGGAUGUUUUGUGUAGUGGCGAGGCCGCGGCAGUGGCAGUAAUGAGGCGGUAGGGGUUUGUGUUACGGGUAGCUAGGGGUAGCUCUGUUGCAGGCAGAGGUGAUAGUAGGACAGCAGGUCAGGGGCAGAGGCCGGAGGGGCCGAGUUUGGAGGGCCGCAUGUCGCGUGUUGUCGUCGUGUGUUGUUGUAGCGGUGCAGUUGUGUGCAGAACUCAUGCGGCGGCAGGCCUGGCCGCACCCGGAAUAAGUGUAGGCGAGGUUGCGCAUUAUUGUCUUGUGCUUCUGCUUCUGGGCUGAACAGGACCGUGUUUUGUUACGACUAACGAUUGUUUUGGGAGGACUGUUGCCGGCAGUUGUUUGCCAUUCCAGAUAUGAUGGCAACGACACGCAUAUGUCUGGCGGCGUUCUCCCGUGUGUGCUGGCGCAAUUGCGCUUUGCAAGGCACGCAAUAUCAUUUGGUGAUGCAGCAGGAUGGGUGCGCGUUGUCGUUACAAAGGUGUAUGGAUGGGCAAUACACAGCCCUGGCCACGAUUGUAACCGCAACGUAACGAC